UCAGUGAUAUGUACAUCUCCAAUCCGAAUCUCAAAGCUCUCAAAUUUCUGAUUCACCAAAAAUAGACUCCAAGAUCUCCGACUCAGAUAAAACUCCCACUUCCCGAAACUAGUUUGUUUAUGUAUAUUUGCUAAAACGCGGAAAGAGAAAGAAAAAAUGAAAAAUCCGGGCUUGCUUUCCAUUCCUUUUGACCCAAUCGAGGACGACGAAUCGCUUGGUGGUUUUCUCGGGUUCUCAAAGCUGCAAUCUUGAUUUUUCUGUUGGUGGGGAUUCAAUACUAUUCGUGUUUUUGUUUUUAAGUACUGGGUCGGUGUGCUGGAUGCGAACAACAAGGGAGCUUUUGGAGCUUCACGGAGCUGGAGUUGUCUGAGUUUACAGCUGGCGAUUGGGAAUCCUGUGAAGCCAAGGUCAAACUAAGUUGACUUCAACUUCAAUCGCAGUAAGGUUAAUUUCUGGAAUUGGGAUGGGUUGUGGCUGUUCCAAGCUCUCGGCGUGUUGUUGGGCUACGGAACAAAACGGACCAGUUGCUGAAACCAACAACGUUGAAAAUGAGGAGAAUAGUGAAGUUGGUCGUUUGCCCGCAUUUCAUGAAUACACGAUUGAUCAGCUUAGAAACGCUACAUCUGGGUUUGCGGCGGAGAAUAUAGUUUCUGAACAUGGGGAAAAGGCUCCAAAUGUGGUCUACAAAGGGAAGCUUGAGAAUCAAAUGCGGGUUGCUAUCAAACGAUUUAAUAGAUCAGCUUGGCCUGAUGCCCGGCAAUUUUUGGAUGAAGCAAGGACUGUUGGUCAGCUCCGGAACCAUAGACUGGCAAAUUUACUUGGUUGUUGCUGUGAAGGUGAUGAGAGGUUACUUGUUGCAGAGUAUAUGCCCAAUGAUACAUUAGCAAAGCAUUUAUUUCAUUGGGAAACACAACCUAUGAAAUGGGCAAUGCGAUUAAGGGUGGCUUUGCAUCUUGCGCAAGCACUAGAAUAUUGUACAAGCAAAGGACGUGCUCUUUAUCAUGAUCUGAAUGCUUAUAGAAUUGUGUUCGACGAUGAUGGCAACCCCAGACUUUCAUGUUUUGGUUUGAUGAAAAACAGUAGAGAUGGCAAAAGUUACAGUACAAACCUGGCAUUUACUCCUCCAGAGUAUUUGCGGACUGGAAGAGUUACACCUGAAAGUGUAAUCUAUAGCUUUGGCACUCUUUUGCUUGAUCUUCUUAGUGGAAAACAUAUACCUCCAAGUCAUGCACUUGACCUAAUACGGGACAGGAAUGUUCAAAUGCUUACUGAUUCUUGUUUGGAAGGCCAAUUCUCAAACGAUGAGGGGACUGAAUUGGUACGGUUAGCUUCAAGAUGCUUACAGUAUGAGCCCCGAGAGCGUCCAAAUCCAACGGCUUUAGUCACUGCUUUGAUUCCUCUUCAGAAGGACACUGAGGUCCCAGCUCAUGUGUUGAUGGGUAUACCACAUAGUGCCGAACCUUUACCUCUAUCACCACUUGGUGAAGCUUGCCUAAGAAUGGAUUUGACUGCCAUACAUGAGAUCUUGGAAAAGAUUGGGUACAAGGACGAUGAGGGUGCUACAACUGAGCUCUCAUUCCAAAUGUGGACCAACCAGGUGCAGGAAACGUUGAACUCAAAAAAGAAGGGUGAUGCUGCUUUCCGGCACAAAGAUCUUAGGGCUGCCAUUGAAUGCUACACCCAGUUCAUCAAUGUUGGAACCAUCCUUUCUCCAACAGUUUUUGCACGUCGUGGUCUAUGUUAUCUCAUGAGUGAUAUGCCAGAGGAAGCCCUUAAUGAUGCAGUGCAAGCUCAAGUAAUAUCACCUGUCUGGCAUAUUGCUUCCUAUUUACAAGCUGCUGCUCUUUCUGCACUGGGAAGGGAGAAUGAAGCAAAAAUAGCCCUGAAAGAAGGAUUUGUCCUUGAAAAUCAGAGGAAUGCAACUGCUUGACAUGAAUGCUGGUCACUUUUCUGUCUGUUGAAUUGCUCUUUUCCUGAAGAUGAGCGCAUAAAGAGGUCAGACACCAGCAUCUCACUUGCGGGACAAAAGUGAUUAAGGGUUUCAACAACAACCUGAAGCAGACCUUAAGGUUGAAAGAAGAGAAAUGGUUCCUAUCAACUGUUUCAUGUCUUGUUCACAAUCAUCUUGAAGCAUUCUUUUGCCACAUUAUUUGAUUGAUUGGUUUAGUGAAUUGCUGAGGUUUUGAGCUUCCAUGCAUAAGUAAUCAUAAGCCUGCCUCAUUUGCUUUUUACUGACUUCUCAAAUACAACGUCGUGGGAAGUAAUUAAGAUGAUAGGAUUCAACCGUUUUCUAAGUUGGAUUCAAAGAGUGAAUGUUAGCUGUUGCCAUGCUUGUAAUUUUAUGUACAGUCCAAUUGGACCUUUUGGCUGCUCGUGUUGACUAAAAUUCUGUUUCUGUACUCUAAAAUGUUCCUUUUUUUAAUUAUAAUAAUAAUAAUAAAUUAUUGCUUUAUUGUG